AUGUCUUCCGCAUACCCGGCCGGCGACGCAGACAAAGCUCAAGUUUCUGAAACCGAGGAAUACAGUCCCAACGCCGACCCAGUCACAUACGCCAGAUAUCCUACCAAGAUCGCCAAUCCAGGACCUGCCGGAUUAUUCAACUUGGGUGCCACAGCCUUCAUCCUCUCCCUCUACUUCCUCCACGCUCGCGGCGUCCAAGCACCCAAUGUCGUCGUCGGAAUGGCUCUCUUUGCUGGUGGACUUACACAAUUCAUAGCCGGGAUGUGGGAGUUUCCCCGUGGAAAUGUUUUUGGCGCUACAGUUUUUGCAACCUUUGGAUCUUUCUGGCUCUCCUACGCGACCAUCAACAUCCCGGCCUCUGGAAUCCAAGCUGCUUUCGCGAACGAGCAAGAAUUUCACGACGCGUUGGGUAUUUACCUGAUGACUUGGUUCGUGAUCACCUUGUUUUUCUUGGCUGUUGUCAUACGAAGGCACGUCGCGUUCACGGUCAUCCUGGUAUCCCUCGCCAUUGCUUUUCUCUUGUUGGGUAUCUCGGAGUUCAACGGGAACGCUAGUGUCUUGAAAGCCGGGGGAGUGUUUUUACUCAUCGUAGGACUGACAGCGUUCUACAUCGGUGCUUCUGAACUCUUCGCGUCCGAACCUAGGCCAAUCUUGUAUUUACCGCAAGGGGUCCUGGAUAAAGUGUGA